AUGGUGGCCGACAGCCACGGCCGCGCGACGAUCGCUAUGGAGUCGUCGUCCAUGACGGCUCGGCGAUGUCUGUAUCUCAGGGAGCGUUGCUGCGACGCGAUCAAACAGUUCGGCCAGCAGCGUGUCACGAUGACAGCAAUGAAGACCUCAGCGAUCACGACUCUGGCGGCGGCCAUCCUGGCCGGCACGGCGGCAGCGGCCAACAACGCAACCACGUCCACCACCAACAGUACGACCAGCACGACGACCACGACCUCGGGCUGCUGGGACGUCAGCGUCGAGCACGACGCCACCUACUGCAUCGAAGGCCCGAUCUGCAGCGGCUCCGGCCUCGAGCCCGAGGGCUCGCUCUGCCCCAAGAAGGGCGCCGUGGCCACGGCCGACUGCCACGACUACCUGGCCAGCUACGGCAGCGACGGCAGCUGCGUGCUGCCCGUGGACUCCACGUGCCAGAUCAUCAAGACGGGCGCCUGGGGCUGCGUGCUCUCCUCGAGCAGCAGCGCCAGCGGUGAGGGUGCGACCGACGCUGGCGAGACCGGAAGCGGCAGCGGCGCCGUCAGCGCGACGGUGCUGGCCGCAGAGCAGGCCGCCUCCUCGUCCAGUGGCCUCUCGGCGGGUACCGUCGGUGUCAUUGCCGCGGCCGCCGGGUGCGUCGCGGCCGUUGCCGGAUUCACGCUGUACAAGCAGUACCAGAAACACUCGGCUGAGGCGGCCGAGCGCGCGCGCCUGGAGACGUUCGUGGACGUC